AUGCCUGAGCCCCUCCACCUCACAUUCGGCAUCGAGCUCGAGUUCAUGUGCGUCUUCCGCAGGGGUGCCUUCAAUAACCAGGAGCCUGACCUUCUCCCCACGAGUGAGGAGCUUAACGGAAAUAUCAGCGCAGGCCACGCCUUGCAGUAUUUCCUCCACGCCGCCAACGUUCCUGCCACUGGCUGGGAGGAACUCGGCACCGUCCCCCUCAACGCCGUCCCCUACUCGCGGUGGUGCGUCAAGGAGGACUGCAUCCAACUCUCCCCGCAGGAGCUCAAUACCCUCCCGGAGGGCUACUUCGAGGAGGCGAUUGAGAUUUCCUCGCGCAUCCUCAGUUUCAUCGGCGAUGACUGGAGAGGUGAGAUCCGUACCGUACUGAACGUCCUCGCCAUGAUGCAGAGGAGAUUCGACGCUCACUUCCUCUCGAACGAUUCGACGGGUUUCCACGUCCACAUUGGCAACGCCGGCGGUGCGCCUAUGCCCUUCGACACGGUCAAGCGCAUCUUCCAGCUCACCACCGCCCACGAGCGUGUCAUCGAUUCCAUGCACGCUUCGAGCCGAGUGCUCGCUCCGGCGCACAAAGAGGACGACACCUUUCCGCUCCUCCUCUACGGCCCCGUGUCUUACUUCCACAUACGUGAUGACGAGGAGUUCGAUCUCGACAACAACAACCUCUUCGGCUGGCUAGAGCGCAUCGAGGACAUGCACACCUUUGAAGACUUCUGCGAGAUGUUCACGGGUGACUUGGACAGCAAUGCCCUCUCAGGCCACAGUUCUGCGGUGAACUUUGAUAACCUCUGGUCCGAGACUUACGAGGACACCACCAACACGGUCGAGUUCCGCCAGCACGUCGGCACCAUCGACUACGCCGAGAUCAUCGCCUGGGUGACAUUCCUCGCCAACCUGACCAACUUCUGCCACAACACGACCGACGUCAACUUCAUGAACCUCAUGCUCCAAGCCACCGACAUGGACUUCACCGCCAUCGACCUCAUGCGGAUCAUCAACUGCCCCGACGACAUCAUCCAACACUACGACUACGAGGGCGAGGGCGAGGGCGCCAUCAUCGGCAUGCUGCCCCAACCCGGCAUCGACACCACCAUGACCGACACCCUCCUCGCCCUCGCCGCCCAAAACGACGACGAAGUCUCCGACAACACCGACCGCCUCCGCGUCAAGCGCCUGAUCAACGACAAGCUCGCCUGCGAGCACUACGGCUUCGACAGCGCUCUCGGCCGGCUCCCCAUCAACCAGCCUCUGCUCGAACAGAUGCUAAUGCGAGCGUACCGCAAGGUAAGUCAGUGCAUGUUCACGAUCUGUGAUCUGCGUCUCCCCGGUGGGAAGUCUCAGGCCAAGAGUGUUGUGUUCAAACUUUGGGCCGAGAUGCUUCGCGACUAUGAUCCUACCCUGGGACCGUCGCAGCCUGCGAUUGUCGAUCCGCUUCGUAAGUUGUGGUAA